UAUGCAACAAUAACAACAAUAAUUAUAAUUAGCUCCAACCUAUGAAAAAUGUCCAAAACAUCCAAUCAACGACAUCGUUUUAUUUUGUUUACAUGGUUAAUGUCGAGAAGUAAGGAUAGUUAAAAUAAUAAAGCCUUUGUGUAAAGAAUGUUGUAAAUUACAUAUUCAAUGGCAUAAUCAAUAAGGUACACCCGCAGAAAUUGACACUGUUGAUAGUGUAAGAGAAAUGUUAUUCAAUGAUGUUCACAAUCUUAAAGUUAGAUUUGAAGAGUAAUAUUUAUAUUAAUAUUUUAGAGAACGAGAAAUAUUGCAUCAUUUUUCAGAUGGAGAACAUUCUUAACUCAUCAAAUCAAUUCAUAUGAAAAUAGAACAAGUUAAAAAAAAUCUUCUUUUAUUGAUAAAUGAUUAUUGUAAUAAAUUGGAAAAAGAAAUUUAAAAAAGAAUUCAUUAACAUAAAGUAUGUUUGAAAAUUUAAAAUUAGGCUGCACAUCCUGGAGAGAAAAAAGAAUUGCAUCAUAAAUUGAAUUCAGUUAUUUCUUAAUUGGAUUAAUAAGAGAAGGGAUUAUAAUCGCAAAAAUACAUCAAAGCUUGUUUAGUUGUUAUAUCUGAAGAGAAGAAUCAUGAUUUGGAAGGAUUGUCUAUUGAUGUUGAUAAUGCAUUAAAGCAUUAUUUAGAAAAUAUGUUUGAUGUUUUUAUACAUGAAGAUAAAUUUCAAAAAAUUAGUUAAAAUUGUAUUUUUAUUUUAGAUGAUGCUUUGAAUGAGUAUGUUGAAAUUCAUUAAGCAAAUUUAGGAGAAGAACUAGAAUAUUAUACAUAAUAAAUACGAAAUAAUCAAAAGAGUUCAGGAAUAGCAUAAUAAUAAUAUUAAUAAUAAUUCAAAUAAAUUAAUAAGAAAUAAGAGAUCAAUCCUCCAAUAUCUUAAACAAUUCCUUAAAGCAAAUUGAAUUAUUCAUCAAUUUAUGAUGCUCCUUAUUACUAAUAGAAUAUACGUAAAAUAAUUAAUUAAUUAUUUUAAUAGAUUCUUCACUUCAAUAAUCAAGACUUGGUCCAACUUCAAAGAAUUAUGAAACAAGAUUAUAAUAAAAUAAUGAAAAAUUGAAGUAAUUUUAUGGAUGA